CUUUUUAACUUUUCGCCCAUUUCACUCCAACCCCUUCUCGUCUCCAAUAAUCGCUUCUCAAAUCUCAAUCUUCUUUUAUGCAGCUCCCAUGGAGGACUUGGAAUUAACUUCACGUUUGGAAUUAACGAUAUCUGUUCCUGGUUUAGCUUCUUCUUCUUCUUCUACUCUUCCUCCCUCAGAUGGUGGCAGUGUGACGAGAGAGCUGGACAUAAAUCAAAUCCCCUCUGGCACAGAAGAAGUAGGAAGUGCAGAAGAGGAAGAAGAGAGCGGUUUGGGUGGUGGUGAAGGUCCUCCCCGUAAGAAGCUCCGCCUCACAAAAGAACAGUCUCGUCUCCUGGAAGAGAGCUUCAGACAGAACCAGACCUUGAAUCCUAAACAAAAGGAAGCGUUGGCUUUACAACUGAAGCUGAGACCACGACAAGUCGAAGUUUGGUUUCAAAACCGUAGGGCCAGGACGAAACUGAAGCAGACGGAGAUGGAAUGUGAGUACCUGAAGAGGUGGUUUGGGUCGCUGACGGAGGAGAACAGGAGACUACAGAGGGAGGUGGAGGAGCUGAGGGCGAUGAGAGUGGGUCCACCGACGGUGUUGUCGCCCCACAGCUGUGAGCCGUUGCCGGCAUCGACGCUGACCAUGUGCCCCAGAUGCGAGCGCGUGACGAGCAGCGCCUUCGACAAGGGUCCCACUAUUGCCACCACUACCAACACAACUGACCCCACCGCCACCACCUUGGCCUUCUCUAAAGCAGCACCGGUGCUCCACCAGUCUCGACAGCCGUCGGCGGCUUGUUAGUUACUCGAGCACUCAUGGUUGGUUUGUUGGGGUUCUUACAUGUAACACCAGAAAACAAAGAUCAAAAGAAAGAAGGAUUCACAAUUCAGAAAGGCCAUUAGAUUAUAUAUUACUCAUUAGUGAUGAGAUUACUUUUUGAUCUGUCGUCUGACUUUUUUUUUUUUUUCCUUUAUCUUAUUGAAGAACAAAUGACUGUAUAUUCCAUACACACCAUUCCUCUC